CAUACUUUCUAUAAAGAGAAAGAGUUGGAUAUUUUAAUAAUAGAUUCUGAAGAAAUGGGAUCUACGGCAGCAAAGUAUAUCUCAAGACAUACAGAUUUUGAUAAAAAAAUAACGCUUCUUGGUUUUAUGUGCUCUCAAAUCCUAAUUGUUAAUACUAAAGAACUUACAAGAGAUAUUUCAGAUACUCUGGAGGUUUCUUCAUAUCAUCUAGAAGCUUUAAAUAAUAGAAAAUUUAAUAAACCAAAAGUUAGUUUUGUUUUACGAGAUAUGAUAAAUGCUAAAACAGCCCAACAACCAGCAUUUAAAGAUAUUUGUGAAGGUUUAAAAAAGAUGUUUUAUGAAAUUCUGGGUUGUUUUAAUAUAGAUAAUUUUAUGAUUGUAGAAGAACAGGAUAUUUAUUUAUUAAAGAAUGCAUUUACUUGUUUUUUUGAUGAUUUUUACUCAAAAUCAACUAUAGACAGUGAAAACUUUCAUUAUCCCUCUUGGAGUGCAAUGAAAAGACUGGCUUGCAGUUACUAUGAAACUACAAUAAAGUUUUAUAAAGAAAAUGAAUUAAAAUUGAUAGAAGAACAAACAAGUAAAGGACAAUGGAAUGAAAACAAUAAUAUAGACUUUGAAAAUUAUCUUACUCAAGAAACAAAAAUGCGAUGUGCUGAAGUGAUUGCUGAUUUUAAAGAAAAAAUUUCUAAUCAAUAUGAUGCACAAAUAAUCGAUGAAGGUGAAACCUAUAUAAAAUUAGCAUUUGCUGCUAAAAAACUAGACCUUAAAGCAAUAUAUGAAAAAAGACAACGGCAAUCUAAAGAAUCUUGGCUAAUAAAACUAGCACAAAUUCGAAUUGAAAGGAUAGAAAAAGAUAUAGAAAAUUUUAUGCACACAAUGACAAAGGAAGUAAAAGAGCUAAAACAACAUGUAGUCAACUCUUUUAAUCAGGCUAUAGAAGAUGGAUGCACUGCAAGUAACAAUAAGAGCAAUUCAGAGAAUAACAGAAUAUUUUGGAAUAAAGCCACAAUGCCAGCAACUUUAAACAAAAUAUUUUUAGAUAAUAUCGAUAAGCAAAUUAUUGAUAGUAUUAAAAUAACUACAAAGAGUUCUCUUUUUAAACAAUAUUUACGCUUCAAAGUUUUUACUGCAUUAGAAGAUAGUACUGCGAAAUGGAAAGCUUCACAACAAAAUAAUCUCAAUGAACUUCGUGAAAAUUUAUUAAAAUAUUUUAAUGAUAUAUUAAGUAAUACCUCUUAUAAAAAUAUUUCUGCACAUUUUAUCAAAUAUGUUGAUAAAGCAGUCGAAAAACAGCUGGUUAUCCAAGAAGAAUAUAUAUCAAAAAGCUUUGGUAAAUAUGAUGUUGAAAAAACUCGUAAAUAUAUUCAUAAUCCAACAUCAUUUAUGAAAGAAUUAUUUGAAAAUGAUAUUGAAAUUGUUAAAGGUAUAAAAGUUGAAGAAAGAUUAGAAAAAAUAGAAAAGGAGAUUAAAGAUGCAUUAGAAAAACUUGGUGUAAUCAUAUUAACUUGUCAGCAAAAUUUUUCAGAGUCUGAUAAGAAUUUACCCCUUGAAGAAAUUAUCUUGAAUAAAGAAAUGGUCAAAAAUGAGACUAAAGAUAUGAAAUUGAAUCAGCGUAUAUUUGUAUCUUCAAAUGAGACUAUAUGCCCAGAAAAUUCAAUAGAGGAUGCAAUAUGUGUUCUUGGAAAAUAUCGUAUAGAUAAUUCUAAGGCAUCGUAUUGGAAUAAAGUUAAAGGAUGUCGAUAUAGAUGUCCAUAUUGCGGGUCAAAAUGCGAAUUAGAAGAACAUAAGCCCAAUACAAAUCAUAGAGCAUCAUUUCACUUCAUGACUUGUUUUGGUGGCGUUCAUAAAAUUGAAACACGACAUGCAAAUUUAACAAUAUGUAACGAGCCUGGCCAUUUUAAUCAAAAUUAUCGUGAGGGAGAUAAUGAUGAAAUCGUGCUUCCAUUUGAAGAACAUAUAAAAAAGCAUCAUCUAGAGUGGUGGCCACUUUUAGAACGAAAACAGCCUGACGAUGAUCAAAUAAAGCAAGUUAGAGUAAUGUGGAUUCAUUUAAAGGAUGAAAUAUGUAGUAAAUUUAACAUAGUAGAUGUGACCCCUGAAAGUUGUCUUGUCAAUCCACUUAAGACAUCAGCUUCACUUUAUUUGACAUCAUCUUCACUUUAUUUAUUUGAUACAAUAAAUUCCAAUACUUCAAAUCAACUCGCUAACGAAGGUUAA